CAGGGACAGAGCCACGCCUCCGUCUAAAGGCCGUUCAUAUGACCUAUUUUCUAUAGCAAUAUUGCCUAUCGCUAUGGGGACACAUUUCGGUUAGGAUUUGAAGAACAAUGCAAGAACGGAUAGUGGGAACUAGUAUCGUAUCUUUGGCAGCGGAGGGGAGGCCUUGCACCUGUCUUUCUAUGACAUAUCUAGCGCAGUAGCUGAAUCACACAAGCGGGGGGAGACAGUCACGCGUGUCUUGUAGAGACCACACUGGUAGCUAGUUAGCUACAUGCAACCAUGACUUCUGCGUACAGCCUUGAAUAUCUUCCGGAUAUGAAAGCUGAUAGUCGAUUGCUGGGCUCCUGUGAUACGAUCAACAGCACUGGCAACAACAUGAAUGGGUCUUUAGAGCACUUGGACCAACCUGACCCCGACGCCAUCAAGAUGUUCGUUGGGCAGAUCCCACGUUCGUGGUCAGAAACCGAGCUCAAGGAGCUGUUUGAGCCGUUUGGUGCCAUUCACCAAAUCAACAUUCUUCGCGACCGCACUCAGAACCCACCCCAGAGCAAAGGUUGCUGUUUUGUUACAUAUUAUACCAGAAAAGCGGCUCUGGAGGCCCAGAAUGCGUUGCAUAACAUAAAGACCUUAGGCGGGAUGCAUCAUCCCAUUCAGAUGAAGCCUGCUGACACUGAUAAAACAAAUGGUAAGAUGGAUGCUGUGGAAGACCGCAAGCUCUUCAUUGGCAUGGUGUCAAAGAAGUACGGCGAGAACGAGGUGCGGAUGAUGUUCUCGCCGUUCGGACAAGUCGAAGAAUGCAGAAUCCUGCGUGGGCCUGACGGCACGAGCCGAGGCUGUGCAUUUGUUACGUUUUCUACCAGGGCAAUGGCACAGAAUGCAAUCAAAACCAUGCAUCACUCACAGACUAUGGAGGGCUGCUCGUCUCCCAUGGUUUGUAAGUUUGCUGAUACCCAGAAGGAUAAGGAGCAGCGGCGUCUCCAGCAACAGCUCCAGCAGAUGCAGCAGCUCAACAACACCUCCACCUGGGGAGGCCUCUCCGGCCUGGGCGGCCUGGCCCCACAGUACCUGGCAUUGCUCCAGCAGGCCGCCUCCUCCAGUAAUCUGGGCUCGUUCAGUGGCGUCCAGCAGCUCGGCGGUAUGAGUGCUCUGCAACUCCAGAAUCUGGCCACGAUAGCGGCCGCUGCUGCCGCUGCCCAGAGCUCCUCCACAGGCUCCAACUCCAUGUCUUCCUCCGCCAACGGGGGUGGCCUCGGGAGUCUGGCUGGACAAGGGGCUGCUGGUAACUCCAGUGCGAUGAGUUCCCUGGCCUCUCUGGGUGCUCUGCAGGGUCUCACUGGGGCGUCUGUGGGCCUCAACAACCUCAACUCUCUACAGGGGGGCGUCAGCGGUAUGGCGGCUCUGAACGGCGGUCUGGGCGGCUCGAGUCUGAACAACGGCUCGGCGGGGGGCACCAUGGACGCGCUGACGCAGGCCUACUCAGGGAUGCAGCAGUACUCUGCCUCGGCCCUGCCCUCCCUCUACAGCCAGUCCCUCCUGCAGCAGGGGGCCGUGGGCAGUCAGAAGGAGGUAUUCUCUCCCUUCCAUUCAGGGCCUGAAGGGGCCAACCUCUUCAUAUACCACCUGCCACAGGAGUUUGGGGACCAGGACAUCCUGCAGAUGUUCAUGCCUUUCGGGAACGUGGUCUCUGCCAAAGUCUUCAUCGACAAACAGACCAACCUGAGCAAGUGCUUUGGCUUUGUGAGCUAUGACAACCCGGUGUCAGCACAGGCCGCCAUCCAGUCCAUGAACGGCUUCCAGAUCGGCAUGAAGAGGCUGAAGGUGCAGCUGAAGCGCUCCAAGAACGACAGCAAGCCCUACUGAUGGCAGCAGGGCUCAGCGCCCUCGCCUGGUUGUGCUUAGUACUGCAAGGAAACCUUCAUCCCUGUCUGUUCAUCUUUGUUCUAGCAUGUUUUCUUCAUGACUCUCAGAUCCCACCAAAACAAAGCCUUGGCCCUCACCUCCACAUCAUUGUCUGACGGCUCUCUUGCGUUCAGUCAUUGCCUGCCUGGCUUCUGUCUACUGAUGAUCAGAUGUUAUGUGGAAUUUUUUUGUAACUUUUUUUUCCCUCUCCGUUUUGUUUUGCAUGUAAAUUUUCACACCGAGCUGGUCUGAAAUAUAACCUGUGUUUGUACGUGUCUGGAUUUUUUGUAAACAGAUUUGACAACAAAAAAUUCUUCUUUUUUUUCCUCUUUUAAUCCGAGAUUUUAGUAAACUUGAACGUUCGAUACAGGGAUUUGCACACAACCAUUUAAUGCCACUAGCAAUACUGUUCGCUGACUUGUUUAAAUACAUUGAACAGUGUGGGGAGCAGAGAGUUACUAUUUGCAUUGUCAUUUGAAUAAGACCAUUGCUAUUGCCUCUUCUGUUGGACAAGAUAAUGCUUAGGAUUAAUGGGAUAUUUCUCUUUUUUUUCUCUCAUGAAGCACAACACAUUUUUUUUAAGAGUAAGUUUCUCCCAUUUGGGGGAAAGUGCUACCUAUAAUAGUCUUUUUUCUAGAACUGAUUCACAACUAGACAAUCUGUGGUUUAAAUGCACACUAGAAUACCUAUAUUUUUACUGUGGAGAUGUAAAAUAAAGGAUAUUAGGAUAAAUGCUAACUGCCCCAGUUAAAAGGUGUCUGUGGAUUUAAAAAAUGACUUAAUUUGUAUGUACCGGUAAUGUUUCGAUGUGUUUUACAGAAAGCUUAGCGUUCUUUUUUUUCUUCCCCCUUUCCCUUAGACAAUAGGCUUUCUAACUACUGCUAUUACUGUUGUGAACUUCUUUUUUAUUUGAAUCUAUACAUCCAUAGUGCUUUGUUUAUUUUUUUUUCUUCCUGUGUAAAUCUCUGUACAAAAAGUGAGAUUUAUAUAGAAACUGGUUUGCCAAUGAUUCAAGUGCAUUUCUUUUAUAUGGUCUGAUAUGGGUGUUCUUUUUUGUUGUGUGUUAAUGAAACAAGUUUAUGUUUGCAAGAUGAAGUUUGGAAUAGCAGUAAGCAUGUCAUUAGAUUGGGAUGGACAUGUUUAAAUCUCCCUUGGUAAAUGUUCAUCAACAUACAGAUGUGAAGUCUCUUGAUUUUUUUUGUUUUUCUUUCUUCUUCAUAGUUGAUAGAUUUUCACUGAAGCAUGCUCACAUGUAAACAGUUUCUCUAAGGCGGUUCCUUCUAUGGGUCUAUGACCACGAGAACACAUGACAUGAGGUGAUGUUCAUGCACAGAGGUACGCAGUUUUCUGGCUUCACGGAAGUGUACAGACAACAGAAUGGGAGAAGGUUAGGUGUUCCCGACUCUGGUUAAGAGUAUCACAAGUUUUUUUAAAAAGUCGUUUUCAGUUCGGUGUCAUAGGGAACUCUUAGGAUGUCGCACACGUUAUUGGUUGCCAGAAAUUAAUGUUUACAUGCACACACACACACACACAGACAGACACACAGACAGGAGAGCACCACACGUCUCAGAUUUUCUUGGCAAACAGCAGUAGGCCUUAAUUAUUAGCUGUUGAUGUUUCUUUGCUGUAAAGUGCAAGUCAGAUGAAAUAGCCUAUCGUAGGAGAAAUUUGUGAAAACAUCCAAAACAAAUAUUUACCAAAGCAUUCCAUUUCAGUCAAGGAAAGAAAACCACACAAAACAAGUUUACAUAGCACAUCCUAGCCCUGCUCUGCCCCAGUCCCCAGCGGUCUACAACUUGUGGCACUAUGACUAUCACUCAGGGUCAACUGUGUCUGGGAAUCUAAUGUUUGUUUCGACAAGAUUAUGAUUUAUCAUGGACCUUCUGUGAAAUCUCUCUGGGACCACAGAAUUAAAGUGAAAAAAAAUAUGAUUAAAGAAAUGACGGGAUGAAGUGCCCUGAAGUUUAUACCUUGGUUGUUUGAAAAUGUGCACACUUGUCAGUUUUGUUUUCCUUCACAGUGCUUUGAAAUGGAGAAUGAUCAUUUAAAAUCUGAGGAUUUUGUUUUAAAGGACAUGAAGGUGUUUGUGCACUUCAAGAUGUGCAUACAGAGCGUAAUGUGUUCUCAACCACAUGCAUGAUACACUUUCUUCGUGUUUUUGAAAUAAAUGGUGUGUGCAUUCAGUACUUAGUUAUUGCUUCUCAUAUAUGGUGAAAAAGAUAAAAUGCAAAGUGCCAUAAUCUCUGGAGUAACUGCCUAGAAGGUGUUGCUAGUAUUAGAAUAUGGAGCGGAACCCUCAUGGAGAAAGGGGCACUGAAGGUUUUUUUUCCUCCCCCUUCCUUGUUAAUCUGUGAAGCCUCACUUAACAGUGUUUGUUGUGGAUGUUUUAUUUGAUCACAUAAUGACGGAGUGGCAUACCAGUCUGGCCCUCCUGUAAUCAGCCUUGUUUCUUUGGAGUGGACUUAAGUUGACAAUGACACACAAUACUGGAUGGAGCAACAGAAUUGGCCUAGUUGUCUUCUAGUUUUACUCUGUAAAGCUGUGGUAUUAGACUCCCGUCAGCAUUGUGCCAUAAAGAAACCAUUGGUGUCCUGUACCAUACCAACUGUCGUACAGUCAUCUGUUAUUUCUGCCCGGUGUAGUGAUUUUAAAGGGUAUGGACACUAGUUUUGUUUCAGCUAGGUCAAGAUAAUAAAAGCACAAUAUUGAAACGGGUCAUGACAUGAGGAGGCAAUGUUGAUUUUUAAGUGGCAAUUUCUCAUCCCCAACACUCAACUUGUAUGGUUUGUUUCUGUGUCUUUUUCCUGGUGCUCUGAAGUGCUUUCAAAUCAAAUUUGUAGUUGCUUUGCAUCUUUUGACUAUUGUGAAAAAAUGUCCUGUCUUUUCUUUCCUUCUCCUUUGUAACAUUUACGCUUGUAUGUAAUCUGAUAGUUUUAUUAUCCUUCAAAGAUUUUUGAUAGAUACAUGUGUUUUGAGAAAAGCCAAAGGAAUUGCAUUUUGGUGUUUUUUGCCUGCAUAACAAGUUACCUUGGAUAUAAGGCUUUCCUCUUUCUACAGCUGGUUGUACUAAUAUACAUUUUGUACCGGUGGAUCGUUUUUAUAUUGGAAUUAAAGGAAAAAUUCUAUAUUGGGACAAAAUGUCUGGCCUCUUCCUGCGGCCCUGGUCUCGUCUGGUCCCCGGGUUUGGUCCCCGUCUGUGUGGUAUAUAUCGGACAGUUUGGUUCACAAUUUCAGUUACACACAAUUUUAUUUUUCCUUUCCCACAUAGCCUACUGCUUCUGCAUCUCUUCAGUUUCAAUUUGUGUCCUUUUUAAUUUAGAACAUUUAACUGUGAGUCCCUUUUUGCUUGUGCCACUUCGCCUCGACAGCGGUAAGUGUCAUUUGUUUCUCGGAAGGCUGUACAGCUGAAGCUCUAGGCAUUACUAUUAAUGUGUUAAGUAAAUUAUUUGUAGUUUUAGGGGUUUUUUUUUUUUACUGUUUGUCACAGUGUGUGUAGUUAGGAAGGCAUAAAUUUCUUUUUGGUAGAUGUUCUUGUGUGGUGUUCUCUGCCCUGGUCUCCAAUAUUAAACCAUUUUCCCCAAA